AUGGCAGCACAGUGGUUGCCGCAGCUGCGCAAGCUGCUGCCGCUCGACGAUGCCGAGCUCACUCAGAUCAUCGACUACACGGCCAAGCUGCCCGCCGACAAGGACGAGGAAGCCGCCAAUCAUCUGCAAGGCCUGCUGGGCGACUCGCCCGAGGCAACCGCGUUUGUCGCCGACUUUGUCGAGCACCGCGGCGAGGUGGCGGCCAGACUGUCGCCGGCGCCGCCGCAGACACACAGCAGCGCGGGUCCGCCGACAUACUCGCCUCCGGCAGGGCCACCGCCGGGACACGCAGCGAAAGGUGCCGACGGGCAUGGCCCCAGCGGUCCCGGUCCCAACGGUGCAACCAGCGGCGGCGCACCUCUGGCUGGCGCCGACUCCGACAACGCGCCGCCGCCGCCGCCGUCCUACCAUGCACGAGCCCCUGUCUCGAUACCUGUGUCUGGCAAUCUCUUUGGCUUCGCCAACCGCCACACCAACGCCCUCAUCGAAGCCAGCAAUGUUCGCGCGCGCGACGAGCAGGAGAUGCAGAACACCCUCCAAAACGUGCAGUUUGAGCACCGCAUCUACAACCCGGAAAUCGAGCCCGAGCACGAGUCCGACUACUACUGCAACUGCUCGAUCCACCAGUACUACCGCCGCAAAAUACAGCGGCUGCCCGUGCAGCGCCUGUGGUGCAACGCUGUCAUGUACCCGGGCGAGAAAUUCUACUCGACCGUGUCCAACACGACGGUGCUCUUUGGCCAGAACCCGUACAUGCUGGGGUGCGGCUCGCCCUUUGGCUACGGCUCGUUGCGCAACUACAACAGCCUCUCCGCGUGGGGCCCGCCGCGGCCGUCGGCGUAUGCACACAUGGCGUGGACGCAGAGCGUCAUCCGCCUGUCCAACGAUAUCAACCGAAGCGCGCAGGCCUGGGUCGACAGCCAAGAACCCAAGCAGAGCAUCUGGGACGUCGUGCCCAGCAUGGCACAGCUGACCAUCGACGCCCAAGACGACAAGGCGGAUGCCAAAGGCGACAGCAGCACCGAACGCGAGAAGCCGCGUGUGAACCCAGGCGCCGCGCCUGCCAAGAAGAGCAAGUUUGCCGGCUUUAAAAAGAGCUUGGGCAUCAAGUCGUCCGAGGAAAAGGCGGUCGAGUACGCGUCCUCGCUGCGCGCCUCGAUCCUCGCCGAAGAGGCCGGCCGCUGGCCCAACAGCGAGGACCGGAAACUGGUGGCCAACUACCAAGACAAGGUGGGCAUGACCCGCCACAUCGCCGACCUGCGCGCGCGCAAGCCUAUCCAGUAUCUCCACCUGCUGCGCGCCGGCUACUUUGAGCCCAUCCCCGUCGCGUGGGCCACCCAGACGUCCAACCCGCUCAAGUUUUCCGUCGAGGCCAGCGAGGGCUGGCGCGGCAUCACGCCCGCGUGGCGUGGCUACGAGGACCUGGCCGAGGAGCGGCUGUACUGGGUGCUCAACCACCGCGAGGGCAGCGUCGGCAUGCGCAUGAAGCCCGACUUUAUCUCGGAGAUGAACAUGGCCCAGCAGCGCAUGGCCAACGCCGUCGAGCCGCCGCCCAUGUACUUCUCGCCCGACGACACCUGCAUGCGCCUGCACACGACGACGACGGGCGCCGGCCAGGGCUACUCGAAACAGGUCAUGCCCGCGCCGUUCCGCGCGUUCGACAAGCCCGAGACGCCCAGCGACGACUCCAUGAUCCUGCUCGACGUGUCGGGCUCCAUGGACUUUGACCCCGUGCGCCCCGUCUACGACCGCUACCUGAUCACCGGCUACGCGCGCUCGACGCAGCCCAAGAACAAGGACGUCGCCAAGUCCAUUGUCCGGCGCUUCACCGACGCCCUCGCGCACCACGACCACCAGACGCUGGGCUACGAUCUCGUGACCUUUGCCAACCAGGCCACCUACAUCGGCGCCAUCCACCACCGCAACUUUGACGCCAUGUGGCGCAGCGUGCGCGUCGGCGGCGGCACGCGCGUCAUGACGGGCUGGCAAAAGGUCAAGGACAUGCACUUCCAAAAGCACCGCGCGUCGGCCGUCGCGCACCCCGUGUACGGCUGGCAGGCCGGGCCCGACACGCCCAUGCUGCGCCUGCUGCUCUUCCUGGACGGCGAGGCCACCGACAUGGACGAAUUUGAGCUCGACCUGCUGGGCCUCUCGUGGGCGCACGUCACCAUUUUCCUCAUUGGCGUCGACAACUGCCCGCACCACCACCGCCACGCCAACGAGCUGCAGCGCAUCAGCGACGUCAACCACCACGUCUCCUUUGUCGACGCGCAGGGCAACUGCCCCGAGCGCUUUGUGACGCACGAGCUGCUGAAGCGGCACCUCGGCUACGACAUGUCGCUGCAGGAGUUUGAGGCGAUGGAGCAGCCGCCGGCGUAUGCAGCGUAG